CUGGUUACUCCUGGUGACACACACGCACACACUUAACUUGUUGCUGGUUUUGUUUCCCUUAAAUGCAGCUCUGAAGGUAUGUGAAAAUUUUCCCUCAACACCUAGGAAACCAAAUGUAUAUUUUUCCAAUUAUGUUUUUGUUUAUUAAAUGACAAUAGAAAUUUCAACAGCAAGAAAAAUGAAAAAAAAAAGUUUUCCAACUGUCUAGCAAACCGGCAAGAAAAAUCAAUUUCUAACUAAUAGUCACAAAGAAAGGACGAAAAAGUUUAUUACACACAAUUUUCGGUUAAAAUAAAUAACAAUUUGUUAAUAGUUUUAUAUAUAUUUUGGAUGUUUUAACAACAAUGAAACGUUGCUCGGAAGAAGCUUAUCGCAAAUCACAACCCAGCCAUUUCAGCUGUAGCAGUGGAGUCAGUAAUGUCAAAAGACCAUGUUCAAAACAAAAGUUCGUUUAUAAUCGCCCCAAACCCGAUACACUGCAAAGUAUAUUACGUUCAAAGGCUAAUCCCGAAUACAAUUCACGACGUCUCUGGUAUGAAUUGAAUAUGCCAGAAUGUACAAGUGAAAUAUUAGAUGGAAGAAUGCUAUCAACCAGCAUACCUGACAGGCUGCUAUGUCAUACCAAAGAAAUGCGUUGUAAACGUAGGAUACAAACCAAAAAGAAAGAAAAGCGACCUUCUUACAUGCAAAUGCGUUUGGAACGAGAAAACUUUCGCAAAAAGUUAGUCGAAUUAAUUGCCCGUAAAGAGGAUGAUGAUGAUGAUGUUGUAAAUGCUACUGCUGGAGGUUCUCCAGCUAAUGCCAUUGAUUUGGAAGCUGAAUUUCCCAAUAAAGAAGAAAAGGAAGUUUUACGUUAUUACUAUUACAUUAAACAUGGCAUCGAUACAAUACACGUUUCACCCAUGAGCAAAAAAGUGUUAAACAGAAUUAAAAGUCAAAUACCACCUGUUUUAAAUAAAUGGGCCAUUGCUCUUAAUGAAAAUAUCGAUGAGAUAAAAUCUGAUUAUGUGUUUGCCAUGAAAAAGGCAGUUAUUGAUUUUGUUCUACAAAACUCUUUAAUAAAUUUGAAAAAAGAUGCGCAAUUAGAAUUAACGGCAGAACGAAAGGAGGCGAAUAGAAUGUUUAAUAGAUGGCGUUAUCGGUUUGAUGAAAAUCGUUGUCGUCUUAAGAAAACUCUCUUUUGUAUACAUCGUUCGGUGGCCAGUAUUUUAGAACUUUGGAAUACCAAAUAUAAGGAACUUACUUUGGUUGAUGCUAAGGAAUUGUCAAAAGUUGAAACACCUUUUGAAAUAUUUGAAUUUGCGUAUACAGUGGGCAAACACAUUGAAACUACCAAAGGUCUCUUGGAAAAUCAAUGGUAUGGAGAAAUUCAUAGCAUUUUACUUAAGGCCAGUUUAAAAGGUAUUUUACCAGAUGUCCGAAAGUUAAGAUUAAUACAACGUUUCUAUAAUUGUGUGGCCGCUCUUAUGACGCAACAACUGGAGGAUAUGUGUAUAAGAAGUUUAAAUACAUUUGCCGAUUUUAUAUGUGAUUAUGGAAAAACCAAUCCCGGUUUUAAAAUCUCAUUAAUGCUGGAAGAUGAAGAUGUUAUAGUCUUUAAUCCAAACUUUUCGAAAAUACAAAGUGAAAUGACACGCAUUAUUGAUUCCAUAGUCUUGGCCAUACAGAAUCUGCCACGUAUUGAGGGCAAACUUUAUACGGAUUUACGUAUUACAGAUAAAAUUUGUUUGACACCUGCCAUACCCGAAUCCAUAAUAGCCGAAACACGCAAUCGCAUUUGUGCUUUGUUGGAGGAGCAAAGAAUUGGUCCUGAGUUGAGAUUACAAGAUUUUGAUAAAUAUAUUGAUCUAAUGAAUGGCAAGGACUCCGAAAGAAUAGCACGUUUCAUGCAAGGUGAUCCACCAUUUGAGGCAUUUUGCGAUAUGGUCUAUCAAUAUCGGGAUAAGGAAAAUCAAAUAGCUAAAGAUGUUUGGGGUGUUAUACGCAUGGGCCUCUAUGAGUUUCAUCGUGAGAAAUUCAUUUCAAAUUUGGAAACUUUUGGACGUUAUAUGCAGGAGCAAUUACUAACACGCAUGGUGAAUGAUCAGCAGGCGAAGAUCUCCAAAUUGGGCAAGGAAUAUGAAUCUAUAGCUAAAAAAGCUUUAACUAUACCCAAAGAUACUGCGGAGCUAAUGAGUUUGAAAGCCUAUGUCAUAAAUACCGAAGAGAACGUAGUGCCCGAAAUGGAGCAAAGACUGCGCGUAAAUAUGGGCCAUAUAUUAUGGCUAAUGGAUCAUACACUUUAUUCUCCUUUGCAAAUUAAAAAUAAUAGCAACACCUUUCAAUGGUACUUAAAACUCCCCUCCAUAUUCGAAGAACAUCGCCUUAUAAUAGCCGAUAAAACUAUUGAAUAUCAAGAGUUACUUAAGAAACGUAUAGAAGCUUUUCGCCGAGAAUUACAAACUUAUUACGAUCAAGUGCAAACCUAUGAUGAAUGGGGUGAUAUAAAACAAUUAUCGAAAUAUAAACGUAAAGCUCAGCUGUUAGAUAAUCGUUUGGUUACUGCAAUGGAUACCAUAGAUCGUAUAAAUGAGGAAGAGACUUCGUAUGGCUGGGAACUGUCUCAGUAUAUUAUAAGAAAAAAAGCACACGAUCAAUUGAAACCCUAUAAAACUCUCUUCGAUGCUGGUCAAGAAUUUAUGGAUAAAUAUGAUUUAUGGAUGAACUCACAAGUGGGAAGUUUCGAUCCUGAUGAAAUAGAUAAUGAUGUGGCGAAUAUAUAUCGCAUCAUACAAAAAUUGGAAAAACAAAUGGGUGAUCAUCCCACCACCAUGAUAUUGAUAAAAGAUAUUAAAGAUCAAAUAGAAGCCUUCCGUGAGCAUAUGCCCACCAUUAGCACCUUAGGCAAUCCCGGCAUGAAGGCCCGUCAUUGGGAAUUAGUUUCGGAAAUUAUUGGCUUUCCCAUUAAAGUCUCACCGGAUUUAACUUUAGCUCGCAUCAUCGAAUAUGGUUUAGAGGAUUAUGUGCCCAAGUUUGAGGCUAUUUCGGAGAGUGCUACCAAAGAAAAUAAUUUAGAAAGAGCUAUGUCAAAAAUGGUUUUAGAAUGGGAAGAUAUAUCGUUUUCUGUAUCGCCCUAUAGGGAUUCGGGAACUUAUAAGUUAGCUGCUGUUGAUGACAUACAGAUUCUUCUGGAUGACCAAAUUAUUAAAACACAAACUAUGAAGAGUUCCCCAUAUAUUAAGCCAUUCGAAAAGGAUAUAUUAAAAUGGGAAGCCAAAUUAAUACUUUUGCAAGAUAUAUUGGAUGACUGGUUGAAAGUACAAGCAACUUGGAUGUAUCUCGAACCAAUAUUUUCAAGUCCAGAUAUACAACAACAAAUGCCCGAAGAAGGAAGACGUUUUAGUGCAGUGGAUAAGAUUUGGAAAGAAUUAAUGAAGCAAGUCAACAGUGAUUCGAGGGUAAUGACAGUUGUGGAAAUAAAUAAAAUGUCUGAGAAUCUUAAAAAGGCCUAUAAUCUUUUAGAGAUAAUACAGAAAGGCUUAAAUGCGUAUCUCGAAAAGAAACGUUUAUAUUUUCCACGUUUCUUUUUCCUUUCCAACGACGAACUGUUGGAAAUUCUUUCCGAAACAAAAGAUCCUACAAGAGUACAACCUCAUUUGAAGAAAUGCUUUGAGGGUAUUGCUACAUUAAAAUUCACCGAAGAAUUGGAGGUUACAGUAAUGCGUUCCUCAGAACGUGAAGAGGUGGAAUUGGUGGAUAUUAUAUCCACCGCUAAAGCUAGAGGUCAAGUGGAGAAAUGGUUGCUGGAACUGGAAAUUGAUAUGAAAAAGAGUAUCCAUAAGAAAAUGAGUGAAGCAUUUUAUAGUUAUCCUCAAAGUGUAAGACACGAAUGGGUUUUAGUAUGGCCGGGACAAUGUGUACAAUCGAUAUCGUUAACCUAUUGGACUUUUUAUAUUACGGAGAGUUUUAUGUCUGAUAAUCCUCGGAAAAGUUUACAAAACUAUUUACAAAAAAAUAUAGAGCAAAUAGGUAAAAUUGUUGAUUUGGUAAGAGGAGAUUUGAGUGGUCAAAAUCGUAUUACUUUGGGAGCCUUGGUAGUGUUGGAUGUACAUGCUCGAGAUGUUUUGGCUGAGAUUGUAGAGAAAGAAGUUUCGGAGUUAAAUGAUUUUCAAUGGUUGUGUCAGCUGCGUUAUUAUUGGGAAGAAAAUAAUUUGGAUACGCGCAUGAUUAACUGUUCUUUAAAAUAUGGCUAUGAGUAUUUAGGCAAUACCACACGCUUGGUGGUCACUCCUCUCACCGAUCGUUGCUACCGCACUUUGUUUAGUGCCUUACAUUUACAUUUAGGUGGUGCUCCCGAAGGACCAGCUGGCACCGGUAAAACAGAGACUACUAAAGAUUUGGCCAAGGCAGUGGCUAAACAAUGUGUGGUUUUCAAUUGCUCAGAUGGUUUAGAUUAUUUGGCUCUGGGUAAAUUCUUCAAAGGUUUAGCUUCUUGUGGUGCUUGGUCCUGUUUUGACGAAUUCAAUCGCAUAGAUUUGGAGGUAUUAUCUGUGGUAGCUCAGCAAAUUCUAACCAUACAACGUGGCAUAAAUUCUGGCAGUCCAACCUUGGUAUUUGAAGGCACUACUCUGACUUUGGAUCCCACUUGUGCGGUAUUUAUUACAAUGAAUCCCGGCUAUGCUGGCAGAUCGGAAUUACCCGAUAAUUUAAAGGCCUUAUUCCGUUCGGUAGCGAUGAUGGUGCCAGAUUAUGCUCUUAUCUCGGAAAUUGAAUUAUAUUCCUGCGGUUUCUUAAGCGCUAAACCUCUAUCCGUUAAAAUUGUGGCCACUUACCGCUUGUGUUCUGAACAGUUGAGCACACAGUGUCAUUAUGAUUAUGGCAUGCGUGCUGUUAAAUCCGUUCUUAAAGCUGCUGGUGCGUUAAAGCUACGCUAUCGAGAUGAAAACGAAGAUAUUCUAGUUUUACGCUCUAUCAAAGAUGUUAAUUUACCGAAGUUUCUUAGUCAAGAUGUUCCACUCUUUCAUGGCAUUACUUCAGAUUUGUUUCCGGGUACUGUUUUGCCAGAGUCAGAUUAUGUGGUGUUAAAUGAAUGUUGCCAGCUGGCUUGCGAAAAGAAUAAUAAACAAUGUACUGAUUUCUUUUUGGAAAAAGUUCAACAGUUGUAUGAAAUGAUAGUGGUAAGACAUGGUUUGAUGUUAGUGGGUUUGCCUUUUGGUGGCAAGACAACCUGUUACAGAAUACUGGCCGAAACUUUGGAGUGUAUGGAAAAGAGGAAUGCUGGUGAAAAUCGUGCAAUUUUCACGGUAAUCAAUCCCAAAGCCAUUACAAUGGGUCAACUGUAUGGUCAAUUCGAUAUGGUUUCACAUGAAUGGAGUGAUGGCGUUUUGGCGGUUAGCUAUAGACAAUUUGCCGUCUCCGAAACACCAGAUCGUAAAUGGUUGAUUUUUGAUGGUCCUGUGGAUGCUAUAUGGAUUGAAAACAUGAACACAGUGUUAGAUGACAACAAGAAACUAUGUCUAAUGUCUGGUGAAAUUAUACAACUCUCUCCAACAACGAAUUUAAUAUUUGAACCCAUGGAUUUGGAGGUAGCUUCUCCCGCAACCGUAUCGCGUUGUGGUAUGAUUUAUUUAGAACCCACAUCAUUGGGUUGGGAACCUUUGGUGACUUCUUGGAAAAAUAAAUUACCUGCAAGUUUUCAUACAGUAGCUAAGCAGUUAAUAACUUCGCUGGUCAAUCGUUUUUGUCCUAUACUCCUGUAUAUAGUGAGAAAAGCGAAUCUUUUUGAAAUUGCCCCCACUUCAGAUGCCAAUUUGAUGACGUCACUAAUGAAUAUAUUCGAUUGCUUUCUGGAUGAUUUUAAAGAUGAGAAAUAUGUGCAAAAUAUAUCGGAUUUAGAUAUGAGAGCUCAGAUUGAAGGUGUAUUUUUAUUUUCAUGCAUAUGGUCUAUUGGUGGUUCUUUGGAUGCGAAUAGCAGAGAUAAAUUUAAUCUAGUAUUUCGUGCUUUAAUGGAAAAGAAUUUUCCUGAGAGUCUUUAUGAAGACUUCGGUAUACCGGAGGCGUUGCAUGUACCCGUAUUAGCAAAACCUUUUAUAUUCCCCAUACCCAAACAGGGUUCUGUCUUCGAUUAUAGAUUUAUUAAAGAAGGCAAAGGAAAAUGGCGCGCCUGGCAGGAUGAUGUCACCGCUGCGGCUCCUAUACCACGAGAUAUACCCGUUAAUCAAAUUAUUAUUACUACCAAUGAAAAUGUACGCAUGACUAUGCUUUUGGAUCUAUUGGUAAGACAUUCGAAACCGGUUAUGUUUGUGGGCCCUACGGGAACAGGCAAAAGUUGUUAUAUUAUCGAUUACAUGCUCAAGAAAAUGGAUUUGAAUGUCUACAAACCUUUACUCGUAAAUUUCUCGGCCCAGACUUCGGCAAAUCAGACACAAGAUAUUGUUAUGUCUAAAUUAGAUAAAAGGCGCAAGGGGGUUUUUGGACCACCCUUAAAUAAAAAAUUCGUAAUAUUUGUAGAUGACGUUUCCAUGCCUCUGAAGGAGAACUAUGGCGCCCAACCUCCUAUAGAACUGUUGCGUAUGAUGUUGGAUCAUUGGAUGUGGUAUGAUCGCAAAUCCAUAUUACCCAUGAAAUUAAUCGAUCUGCAAAUGAUUUGUGCCAUGGGACCACCCUCAACGGGUAAUACUGUAACGCCUCGUUUCCAGAGACACUUCAACGUUUUGUCCAUUGAUGAAUUUAAUGAUGACAUCUUAAAGACCAUUUUUAGUAAAAUUGUUUUAUGGCAUUUGGACACCAGAGGUUUUUCCAAAGAAUUUGAUCCUUGUAUUGAUGAAAUUGUAGAUGCCACUUUGAAAAUCUAUAAUAAAGCUAAACUUAAUCUCUUACCCACACCAGCUAAAUCACAUUAUCUCUUCAAUUUACGAGACUUUGCAAGAGUUAUACAAGGUGUUUUACUAUCGGUACCCGAAGCCACUGAAGAUAUGAAUUCCAUGAGACGUCUCUGGGUUCAUGAAGUACAACGAGUCUACGGUGAUCGUUUGGUAGAAGAUGCAGAUCGUUCCUGGUUAUUCCAGGCUUUGUGCGAACAAAUGCAAGAAAGUUUUACCACAUCACCGGAGGUGCUUUUUGAACGUUUGGUGCAAAAAGGCCAAAAGCUAACAGAAGCCGAUUUUAGACGUUUAAUCUAUUGUGAUUUUACUAAUCCCAAAGCGGAUACCAAAAAUUAUAUAGAAGUUCAAGAUCUGGAGGAGUUGCGUAAUGUGGUUGAGGCCUAUUUGGUGGAGUAUAAUAAUAUGUCAAAGAAACCCAUGAACUUGGUACUCUUUCGUUUUGCCGUGGAACAUUUAUCGAGAAUCUGUCGCAUUAUAAAGCAGCCACGUAGUCAUGCUCUACUGAUUGGGGUCGGUGGCUCCGGACGUCAGAGCUUAACACGUUUGGCUUCGCAUAUAUGUGAUUAUGAGUUGUUUCAAGUGGAAAUAUCUCGAUUAUAUGGACCGAAUGAAUGGCAUGAAGAUAUCAAGGUUAUAUUACGUAAAAUAAGUUCCUCCGAAAUGCAUGGAGUAUUUUUGUUUACCGAUGUACAGAUCAAAGAUGAAUCGUUUUUGGAGGAUAUAAAUAACUUACUCAACUCCGGCGAAGUACCAAAUCUAUUUUCGAAUGAAGAGAAGGUGGAAGUAGUGGAGAAAAUGGCUCAAAUUGAUAAGCAACGUGAUAAGGCCGUACAAACCGAUGGCAGUCCAGUGGCUUUAUUCAACUUCUUUGUGACAACCUGCAAAGAUCAAUUACACAUAGUCCUGGCCAUGUCUCCCAUUGGCGAAGCCUUGCGUGUGCGCAUACGUAAAUUCCCUUCCAUAGUUAAUUGCUGCACCAUUGAUUGGUUUCAGGCUUGGCCUGAAGAUGCUCUCCUAGCAGUGUCCACACGAUUUUUAGCUCAAGAAGAUUUAACCGAUUUGGAGCGUAAGGCUUCUAUUGAUAUGUGUAUGGAGUUUCAUACUUCAACGCAAUUAUUAUCGGAAGCAUUCUAUUUGAGAUUGAAAAGACAUAAUUAUGUUACGCCUACUUCUUAUUUGGAAUUGAUACAGACCUUUAAGACAUUGCUGAAUAAAAAGCGGACUUCCAUUAUGACCAAUAAAAACCGUUAUCUUACCGGUAUCUCCCAACUGGACAUAGCAGCGCAACAAGUAGGCGUUAUGCAAGAACAAUUAGUUGCUCUGGAGCCUAAAUUAAAAGCAGCCUCAGAAACUGUGGCCAUACAAGUAGCCAAAGUAACGGAGGAUAGUAAAGCGGCAGAAGAACAACGAGAAAUGGUUAAAAAGGAUGAAACCCUUGCAACUGAGCAGGCCAAAGUAGCACAAGCCAUUAAAGAUGAGUGUGAUGCUAAAUUAGGUGAAGCUUUGCCCAUAUUAAAUGAUGCUUUAGCAGCCUUAAACACCCUAACCACAGCCGAUAUAGCGGUAGUUAAAACCAUGAAAAGUCCUCCUAUAGGAGUGCGUAUUGUUAUGGAAGCAGUGUGUAUUUUGAAGGAAGUUAAACCGGAACGUAUAGCCAAUCCUAGUGGUGUCGGUAUGAUCGAAGAUUAUUGGGGUCCUUCGAAGCGCGUAUUAAGUGAUAUUAAAUUCCUGGAUAGUUUAUUAAACUUUGAUAAGGAUAAUAUACCACCGGCGGUUAUAAAGAAAUUACAAGAACGUGUCUUAAGUAAUGAAGCCUUUGAUCCCGACAAAAUACGUUCUGCUUCCACAGCCUGCGAGGGUUUGUGUCGAUGGGUUAUAGCUUUAACGAAAUAUGAUGUGGUGGCUAAGGUAGUGGCUCCCAAGAAAAUAGCAUUAGCAGAGGCUCAAGCCACCUAUAAUGCUGCCCAAAAAACUUUAAAUGAAAAAUUGGCCCAAUUAGCUCGUGUGGAGGCAAAUUUGGCGGCAAUACAAAAAGUUUUGGAUAAACAAUUAAAAGAAUAUGGCGUUCUACAAGCUGAGCACGAAGCUUGCACGAAAAAGUUACAAAGAGCCCAGGAAUUAAUCUCCGGUUUAGGUGGUGAACGCACCAGAUGGUCGGAAACGGCUAAACAAUUGGGACGCACCUAUAACACUUUAACUGGAGAUGUACUGAUCUCUUCUGGGGUGGUGGCCUAUCUGGGACCCUUUACCAUAGACUAUCGCGUUGAACAAGUUCGCAAAUGGGCCGAGAAGUGUGCUUCGUUUGGUAUAGUCUGCAGUCAAGAUUUUCAGUUGGUCAAUGUUUUGGGUGAACCGGUAGAGAUACGUAACUGGAAUAUAUGUGGUCUACCCACUGAUGCAUUUUCCAUUGAAAGUGCCAUAAUGAUGCAAAACGCCCGCCGUUGGCCUCUUAUGAUAGAUCCGCAAGGACAAGCCAAUAAAUGGAUUAAAAAUCUCGAAAAGAAUAAUCGUCUUUGUGUAAUACGCCUUAAUCAACCCGAUUAUACCAGAGUUCUGGAAAAUGCUAUACAAUUCGGUUUACCCGUACUACUAGAGAAUAUAGGAGAAGAAUUAGAUCCUUUACUGGAAUCAAUUUUACUUAAGCAACUAUUCAAGCAAGGCGGUACAUUGUGCAUUAAACUGGGCGACUCGGUUAUAGAAUAUAAUCACAGUUUUAAAUUCUAUAUGACUACCAAAUUACGCAAUCCUCACUAUUUACCAGAAGUCGCGGUCAAAGUAACGCUACUUAAUUUCAUGAUUACCACACAAGGUUUACAAGAUCAGCUAUUGGGCAUAACAGUCGCUAGAGAACGACCUGAUUUGGAGGCCGAAAAGAAUACACUUAUUGUACAGGGUGCUGAAAAUAAACGUAUGCUUAAAGAAACUGAAGAUCAAAUUUUGGAAGUACUUUCGUCUGCUGAAAAUAUUUUGGAGGAUGAAACUGCUGUACAAAUUCUAAGCUCUUCGAAGGCCUUGGCCAAUGACAUCAAUGAGAAACAGAUUAUAACCGAAGCCACAGAAAAACAAAUUGAUAUUGCCCGCUUGAGUUAUGUACCAAUAGCAGAGCAUUCAACAAUAUUAUUUUUUACUAUUGUUGAAUUGGCCAAUAUUGAUCCAAUGUAUCAGUACAGUUUAGCAUGGUUUGUCUCACUGUUCACAGCAUCCAUUGAUAAUACGGAAAAAGUUGAUGACAUAACGGAGCGUCUAAACGAUUUACGGGGACAUUUUACAUAUAGUCUGUACGUGAAUAUAUGUCGCAGUUUGUUUGAGAGAGAUAAACUACUAUUUUCAUUAAUUUUGAAUAUAAAUCUUAUGAAAUCAGAGGGUAAAAUCGAUAAUGCCGAAUGGAUGUUUCUGCUAACGGGCGGCAUAGGUUUGGACAACCCACACAAAAAUCCAGCCAAAUGGUUGGGCAUACAAAGUUGGAAUGAAAUAUGUCGUUUAUCGGAGUUGAGUAAUUUCAAAGGAUUACGUGAAGAUGUGGUAGCUAAUUUGGAGCAAUGGAAGUUGUUAUUUGACUCGUCCACACCGCAAGAUAAUGAGGCCAUUCCUUUGUCAUGGCAAAAGCGUUUGACUUUAUUUCAGAAAUUAUUGCUGCUGAGAGUUUUUAGACCUGACAAAUUAGUGCCGGCUAUAUUGGGUUUUGUGGCCUCGGAAAUGGGUGAAAAGUUUGUAGAUCCUCCCCAGUUUGAUUUGGCGGCCUCAUUUGCUGAUUCUCAUUGCUGUAUACCUCUGAUAUUUAUAUUGACUCCUGGUUCAGAUCCUACUGCUACUUUAUUGAAAUUUGCUGAUGAGCAGGGCUUUGGCAGUAAUCGUUUGUUUUCUUUAUCAUUGGGCCAAGGUCAGGGACCCAUAGCAGUUAAAAUGAUAGAUGAAGGUGUAAAAUUGGGUAAUUGGGUAGUUUUACAAAAUUGCCAUUUAGCCAAAAGCUUUAUGCCUCAACUGGAAAAGAUUUGUGAGGGCAUGGUACCCGAUUCCACACAUCCCGAUUUUCGUUUAUGGUUAACUUCCUAUCCGGCCGAACAUUUUCCGGUGGUGGUAUUGCAAAAUGGCAUAAAAAUGACCAAUGAACCACCCAAAGGUUUAAGAUCCAAUGUUGUGCGUUCCAUGCUAUCGGAUCCUAUUUCAGAUCCGGAGUGGUAUGAGUCUUGUAAACAAAAUCAAACUUUUAAGCAGCUGAUAUAUUCCUUGUGUUUCUUCCAUGCGGUUAUACAAGAGCGCCGCUACUUCGGUCCUAUAGGUUGGAAUAUACCCUACGAAUUCAAUGAAACCGAUUUGCGUAUAAGUUUAAUGCAACUGAAAAUGUUUUUGGAUCAAUAUGAGGGUGUUAACUAUGAUGCCUUGAGAUAUUUAACGGGAGAAUGUAAUUAUGGUGGUCGCGUUACCGAUGAUUGGGAUCGUCGUACCUUGAAGACUAUACUCAAUAGAUAUUAUUGUCCGGAAGUUUUGGAUCUAGAAAAGCCAUUUUAUUUUGACGAUAAACAGAUAUAUUAUAUACCAGUGUUUAAGGAAGUGGAAAAUUAUAUCAAUUAUACCAAGGAAUUACCGCAACAGACUGUACCGGCCAUAUUUGGUUUUCAUGCUAAUGCGGAUAUUAUGAAGGAUCAACAGGAAACGGAUAUGUUGUUAAGUCAUACUCUAUUAACACAGGAUCGUGUGGAUUUACAUGAAAAACGAUUAAUUAAAAAAUCCCAACCCUAUUACCAAGAAACACUAGCGAAACGUUAUCCAGAAAACAUGUUCCUACCCACCUGUCCUACUUGCCCUGAAUUUAUUUCCCUCUAUUACUCUCACAAGGAUACAGCGGCCGAUGCUAACGAUGAUGCCGAGGGCGGCGGAGAACGUUUGUCACCCGAAGAGGUUGUCAUAAAUGUAGCAACUGAUAUUUUGCAACGUUUACCCAAAGAUUUUGAUCGUGAUGCUGCACUCUAUCGUUAUCCGACCAGUUAUCAUCAGAGCAUGAAUACAGUAUUGGUUCAGGAAAUGGUACGUUUUAAUGUCCUCUUAUCGACAAUACGUUCCAGUUUGGUUACAUUACGCAAGGCUAUUAAAGCAUAAUUUCCACUUGACUGGAUAUUUUUGCUUGUAACAUUAAC